UUGCAACCUAUUGGAAUUCACCUCGUGAACUGAAAAAAACCUUCGCGCUUAAAAAUGCCGUCUGCAGUUAAAAAGAGUCAUAAGAAAGGGGCGACAUCGGCGGCACUCGAGGACAAAAAGCAGCAGAAGGCCAAGGCAGACCCCACCCGACUUACAAAGAGAUGAUCAAACAGGCAAUUGUUCAGUUGAAAGAACGCAAGGGGGCUUCCAAAAAGGCCAUCCAAAAAUAUAUCAAGGAAACUUGGAGCAUCGAGGAGAACUCAAGAACCAACGGGUCUUUGAAUCGAUCGUUGCGGUCUAUGAUAGAGAACGAUGAAAUUGCCCACGCGGUUGGCCAGAAAACGACAGGCGCAAGUGGUCGAUUUCGCCUCGUCACUUCGGCAAUGCAGUCGGGUGGUAGCGGAGGAGCGAAGAGUCACGACGAGUCGGAAACACCGAGGGGCCGAGGACGCCCGAAGAAGUCGCAGAAUGAGUCGCCGAGAAAACCGACUGCCAAAAAGGCGUCGCCGUCGCCGAAGAAAUCUCCACCGAUGAAGAAGGGGUCGAAAAAAUGAAACCAGUGAAUUUAUUGAAAAUAAGUUCAGUGUCUAUGGCGCUGAAUCAAAAAUGAACUUUUCCCAAACUGAUUUCAAGGGUUAUGAUGGAGCUGUUCCAAAUUGAUGUGAUAUUUAUAUCGCUUAAAUAUUGAACUGAUUUUGGGUAUAACUACAAGCUGUUUGCUUGGUUUUCACCUAAAAUUUUGAACUGAUUUAAUGUUUGAAUUGUAUGAAUCAUUAUCUUGUUUUGACUUCCUUGACGAUUUGAUU